UUAUAUUCAUGGUUCUAUUUUAAAAAUCUCGCGAGAUUCAAUGAGAUUACAGUUCAGCCAACAUGUCGGACGAUUGGGACGCAGAAGAUUUCGAACCUCCGAGUUUCAACCCCAAAGCCGUUGUCUCUGACAAAUGGGAAGGGGAAGAUGAAGAAGAGGACGUCAAAGAUAACUGGGAAGACAGUGAGGAGGAGAAAGAGAAAAAGGAAAAUGAAGACGCAGCGUCACAAGGUUCAGCUUAUCAGCGGCCUAAGAAGAAACCACUUGCAGAAAGAAUAGCUGAGAAGGAAGCUCAACGUGUGCAGCAGUUGCAAGAGGAGAAGGAACGAAAUAGAGAACCAACUGCUGAAGAACUACUGAAUGAAAAAAUCCGAUUAAGGAAGGUUCAAGAAGCAUCUGAUUUAAAAAAUGCACAAGAAAUAUUUGGUGUUACCAAGAAUGUAAAAACGAUAGAGUCCAUGUAUCCGGAAACAGAAGAAGAGUUUAAGCAGUUUAAAGAUGCAUUAAAGACAAAAAUUACAGAAUUUGAGGCCAGCAAAAUGUAUCCUGCUUUUAUAGAAACUUUGUUCCAAGAAUUAGCAAUAGGAUUACAACCAGAAGAUUUGAAGAAAGUAGGAACAGCUCUCACUGGUAUUUACCAUGAAAAGGAAAAACAACGGAAGGAAGCUGAGAGGAAGAAAAAGAAGAAGCAGAAAGCCAUUGUGAAAGUGGAGAGGAAAGGUGAUCUAGACUUGAUAGGAGGUGUUGGGGAAUAUGACUAUGACGACGGAGAAGAUUUUAUGUAGUGCUUGCUACAGCCUUUGUGGAUCUGUACAUACGGAGGAAAUUGUUGCUGAUAAUUACAAGCAUUGUGCCUCAUGGACAGCUCUGCCACAGCCCAAUCAGUGUACCACCACACUUCCAAGUAAAGAAACCUAAUGUCAUGUAUUUCAAGAACAGGGCUAGAAGUCAUCAGUACAGAAUCUGUUGCUUUUGUUCUCACUAUACUCAUAGUUAAACAUUCAUGCUCAGAUGCUUAUUAUUUGUCUUGGAGGCAUGAGAAGAAGCCAAAUUCUUGAAUAGCUAUAGCUAUUGUGACCAAAAAUUGAACAUGGACUGAAUGUUAUCAUCUAAAUCAUGCUCAUGUAGCAGUUCAAAAGUUUAUCCCCCUUCUGGGUUUGGUAGGAGUUCAUCAUUUUCCAAAUGACAUGAUCGCUAUCAUCUUUGACAGUGGAUGACACACCGGAUUUAUGAUUUGUGUCCAAACAAUGAAUUUUCUGUUUAUGAACAUUUUGUAAGAAACAUUUUCUGACCACAGUUAUUUGUUAUAGAAUGGAUGAUCAUACCAUAUGCUCCUUUGAUGGUUCUUUGGCAUACUUCUCCUUUCAUAUGCAUGAGGUAGCCUGUUACAAAUUUGAUAUUCUCAUGAUUAAAACUUGUUGUUUUAAUAAAACAAAAUUCCAAAACUGAUUGCAAUUUAUAAGAGAUGGUUUGUUUCAAUAGGGAUGAUGUAAUCGAGAUAGCUAUAUGUUGUGGGUGAUUGAAAUAAGAGGCUGAGCCCAUAUUCUUGUCACUUUGAACAUAUGUAUAUUACCUGCUGUAGACAGGCUUGCUGCUAUACAAAGCAUGACAAAUUUGGCACAUGGAAGUGAUUUGUUUAAUUGAAAUCAUACAUACAAGCUGUCUCUUGUUCUGGAAUUUGGAUUCAAUUUUUGAGAGUUCGUAGAAGAAAAAUAAAUCCAUUUGAUUGUGAUAUGUUCUAUCAUAUCUGCUGACCACUGGCAUAAUACACCACUGCCUGUUUCUGGCUGCGUAAACACUUGCUUGAUUCUUGUAGCUCAUGAUCUGAUGAGGAAUUUUAACUUGGAUUUUGUGAACUUAAAGUGCUUAUCUUUCCUGCCUACAUUUUUAAUUACACUAUUCUGAAUGAUUAAAAUUGACCUAUAAAUAUUUAUGAUGUAAAUAAAGUCUUUUGGUAGAAACUGA